GUGCCAAUAAUAACAGUAGCAGCUUACCCAGCCAGGGACUUUCCAACAACUUACCCAGAAAUUCAGGACCACAACAACAGCAACAACAGCAGCGAAAUCACAGCACACGAUCUUCUUCAUCCUCUUCCUCAUCGCGCCCUGAAUUUGACCUCUCCUGGGUGCAGCCCGUCUACGUGGCCAAGAAGCGCACUGACAAUGACAACAACGGAGUCAACGGCAACAAAAUAUCAACUACCACCACCACAAGUGAACCAAAGCUGCAGCUAAAUGCCUUCAAAGCCGACCCCACCAUAGACCUCUUUCCGGUGCCGAGCACCAACCGAACUUUUAACCGGAGCAUUCUGAGCAGUGAUCAGAAUCGUUCAGAUUUGGAUGAGGAAUCCUCGACCGAGCUGCACCUCGAGGACCGCCUGGAGGCUUUCUCCGCCGCUUUGGCCAACGUGACCUUCAGCCUCCGGGAGGAGCAAACCUGCCCCAGCCGGCGCCACCUCUUCCUCGGCCAAAUGCUCCUCCUCGGCCUCUUCCUCUCCUCGGUGAUGGGCAUCGCCUUCGUCCCGAGCUCCAACUGGCUCACCUGCACCCUCAUCCGCGCCGGCCUGGGCGUCUGCUUCGCCAUCGUCUACGGGACGCUGCUGGUGAAGGCGGUCUUCCUCCUCUCCCUCCACUCGGGCGUCUACCUCUCCGCGGAGUACCAGGCCCUGCUCCUCUUCUUCAUCAUCAGCACGCAGGUGGCCAUCGACGGGCAGUGGCUAAUUCAUCGGAGCUCUUCGAUCGUCGUCGACUACAUGGACGGCUACGGGCACGCGGUGUACCGGUGCGACCACUCGGUCAACCAGUUGCUGCUCUCCCUCCUCUACGUCAUGAUACUGAUUGUCCUCAUCGCCAUCAUGGCCUUUCGCGUCCGCGGCUACCGCGAAAACCACGGCGAGGCGCUCUUCCUCGGCAUCACCGCCACCGCCACCAUCCUCCUCUGGCUGGUGUGGAUCGCCGGGACGAUCACCAGCACACCGCACUACCGCGACGGCUUCGUCGCCUUUGGCCUGGUCUGCAACGCCACCCUAAUCUUCAUCAUCAUGUUCCUCCCCAAGGGGCGGCAGUUGGCCGCCGUGGGCCGCGAAGGUCCUGGUGGAAACAAUCACCACCUGGACGACCGCGACCAGCUCUCCACCGCCUCCUCGCCCUCCAUCUACACGCCCAGCUUCCUGCACCUCAAGUCGCCGGUGUCGCAGCUGAUGGUUCCCCUUGGGGGUGGCAAGCCGAGCAUCGCCGGCCUCAGCUCGGUCGUUUCCGGUAAUGGAGGAGGGCUGAGCAGUACAGGAAACGGAAUAAACGGCGGAAGUCAUUUUGGAGGAGGAGGAGGAGGUUAUCACCACCUGUACAAGCAAUUUCAGGGCACGGGGACGACGCUGACCAGUCCGAUGAGCACCACCGGAGGACCACCGCCAACGAUAAAUACUUCGUCGGCAAUUCCCAACAGCUACAGCAGCCAUGCUCUAUUUAGUUCGGCAAAGAACAACUCCAACUCCAACAACCACGAUCACGAGGAGGAUCCCAACUACUCGAACCUUUCGAAUGUGUUCACCUCAAUCGCUGGCAAUAACCACCUGCCCAGUCCCAUCAGCGAGAACAACAGCAGCAGCACUGGAGUUGGAGGAGGAG